AUGCCUCGCGCAAUCAUAUCUCCUUCUGUAUUGGCAUCUGACUUUGGUCAACUGACUGCUGAAUGCAAAAGGAUGAUCAAAGGAGGUGCCGAAUGGUUACACAUGGAUGUCAUGGACGGGCACUUUGUGCCCAACAUCACAAUGGGCGCCCCCAUUCUGACGUGCGUGAAAAAGGGAAUACCAGAUAUCUUCAUGGAUUGCCAUAUGAUGGUUGCCCAGCCCGAGAAGUGGGUGGACGAUAUAGCGGCAGCGGGCGGUGCUCUGUAUUGCUUCCACCUCGAAGCGACGUCUGACCCCUUGGCGCUCAUCAACUCCAUCCACGCAAAGGGUAUGAAGGCAGGCGUGGCUAUCUCCCCUGACACACCUUCGACGGCGAUCUUAGAUGACGUCGGAAAGGCGGCCGAUAUGCUACUCGUCAUGACGGUGUAUCCUGGGCGAGGGGGUCAGAAGUUCCUCGAGCGCUGCGUCCCAAAGGUCGCAGAGCUACGCGCCCGGUUCCCUGAUAAGGAUAUCGAAGUCGACGGUGGUGUGGGACCGAAGACGAUUGGCGUUUGUGCGGAUGCAGGAAGCAAUGUCAUCGUAGCUGGUACCGCGAUUUUCGGCGCAGAGAACCCUGAAGAUGUUAUCACUACACUUAAGGACGCUGUUAAUACUGCGCAAGCGCGGAUUGCCAACAAGCAGUAG